UCUGUCAUUUUUCAAGGGGGUUACCCCAGUGUAGUAACAUGUUAUUUAUUCAAAAAAUAAUGAAUUUCGCCAGUAUCGUUAAAAAUUUCGCGCGCAGAUACUACUGAUAGGUGUAAGAAACAGUGACGACAUAAAUUAAGUGCGAUAGCAAUAAAAAAAAGUGUUCAAAAUGUCCACAGAGGAUGUGAAACCUAUCACGGUAAAAAAACUGCCACUAAUAUUGAAUAAGAACAUAAUAAUACAGAAAGGUAUAAAUCCGUUCAAGAGUAAUAUGAAGCUAGUGAAAUCGUUACAAAAUUCCGUGCAAGAGGACAUUAUUUACACGUCGAAAACGGGGGAUUUCACGGCGGGGGAAGUCCGUAAUAUGACUAUCGUGAAUCGUCUGAACAUGUUGACUAAUUCCUGUACAACAGUUGCUAAGUGUCAGAGCCACAGCGGCCAGGUUUACGAGAAAACCUCAGAAGAAAUUACUAGACUAAUCGGUCAAAAUAACUACGAUUUUUUAUUUAGUUCCAUAUGUUCAAUUAUAAGUCAUGAACUUAAAAUUAGAAGCAUAAAUUCUCUGUUGACAGUUCCGAAAAAAAAUAAAAGUGUAUCUUGCCAGACUGAAGGCAGUAUAGAGGUUGGUGACAAAAAGGACAGUGUUGAUGUGUGUUGUCAGACUCAUGAAUCGUCUAUGGAUGAGUUGAAAAAGUUUACUCCGAAACGCAGAGUUAAAAGACAGCAGUUGGCCCCUUAUGUGGUCAAAGACGGGCCUACAGAGAAACAGCCAAGAAAAGUAGUGAUAUCACCAAAUGAAUUUGACACGUUAUUUGUGAAAGAAGAAGAAACCAUUACAAAACAGGACACUGCAUCAGCAGUCUCAUUACCGGAACUCGGCUCCGUCUUCGACGAAGAUUCUAACAACAGUAUCGGUAGAUUUUCAUCAUUAUCGGUGGCAACUACUCCAGAUUUGCUGAUUAAUCCUUUCAAUAUGUUAGUUGAUAAGCAUACAAAAGACGUUACCGAGAGCGUAGAGAGACAAAAUGUGACUGAAAGAGAAUACAAAUUACAUAAUAUGGAUGGGGGUUUGAGUCCAUUGACUGGAAAGGUAGAAUUCGGAGCCCAAGACUUGCAUAAUAUACCUAAAGAGCAAAGAACAUUGCUAUUACUACGCCAAGGAAUUAUUGACUGGAAAAAAUGCUUAACACCAGAUAACGAUGGGCAUUUGCCCAUCCACAUAGCUGUCCUGACGAAUGACGUGGAUUUGCUCAGAAGACAAUGUAUAGCAUUAAAAAGAAGAGAAAUGACAGUUGACCUGAAAGCAGAUGGAUUGACACCACUUCGUAUGUCGCUCUUCCAAGAAAACACGCAGCUAAUCUCCAUUCUCCUACAUUUCGGUGCCGAUAUCAUGGACAUAGAUGAAGACGAUAGAACGGUCUUCCAUAUCGCUGCGGAGAUGGACACUGAACAUCUGCCAGUACUUGUUACUUACUGUCAGCAGAAUGCUAGACAAAUACUCCAUGAAAAUGAAGACUUAUGGAGACCUGGUUACGAAGACAAGCCUGAUGAGGAACUGGCUCCAAUCCUUAUGAUGCAUAUCAACAAACUAUUUGAUAAUCAAGGCUACACGGCACUGAUGCUGGCCAGCAAGUUGGGCAGGUACAACAACGUGCUGUGUCUAGUGGAGAGCUGCCGGGCCGCCGUGAACGCUACGAUGCCCAACAGUGGGAAUACGGCGCUGUAUCUAGCUGUGGGUGCCGCCUGCAUGGAUGCUGCCGAACGAGGAAACAAAACGAAAAUAGUGGAUCACUUCGGUAAAACCGUGGAAAUUUUAGUUGAAAACGGCGCCGAUCCUAACAUUGAUAACUUCGCUGGUUCCAGCGUGAAUGAUUUAUUAACGGAAUUUAAUAUUGGAGAAUUAUCCAUGUUAAUAGCUAACAAACUUACUUCAGUACGUUAUUUUGGGGGUCAACUACCAAAUGGAGUCAAAGGUAGUGACUUCAUGCUUUUCAAAGACGAUGCGGGCAGAGUCAAUAUAAAAGAUGUGCAUAAUAAGAAGCGUCCGCCUAAAGCGAAAAGUUCGCCGGUUAUUCUAGAAAACGUCCCGUAUAAACCACCGGUUAAUGUCGAUACGGUUAUAGUUAAACCUAGUGCUAAAGUUCUGCCAGUUAAAGCGGAUAACACAAAAGAUAAAGUUAAUGUAAUGCAAAGUUACACACCCAUGAUCAAGAAUUUUAAGCUAAGCAAACCUGUAUUGAUAAAAUCGGAUUUAAACAAUAAGAGGAAGUUAGAAAUCGUUGUGGAACCAAGCAAAAGUAAGAAAAGUACUACUGAUUAACAUUGGCUAGGUAAUUCGAGAAUUUACCAAAUCUCGGACGUGGAAACUACAAGAUUGGGAAAGAGAAAGAAAAUCCUGAAAAUUCAGAAAAGACAACAGGAGAAUUUGAAGAUCUUUAAAAAGAGAAGUUAAAAUAUCUAUACUUCUGAAUAUGAGAAGAUUUAACAUCUAUACUUCUGAAAACGAAAAGCAUACCCAACAGUAACCAUAUAAAAUUGUACUCAAUAAAAAGUAAUAAAUUGUUGUUUAAAAAAACUGGGUAUGCGAAUAAUACGAGAAAAGAGAAGACUUAAUAUCUUUACUUCUGCAAAUGAGAAGUAUAACUUUAAAUAGAAAUGGUUAUGUUAAAAAAAAAACUUGGUAUAUUAUAUAGACCAAAAAAAAACUAUAUUCACUGAAAAAUGGCCGGAACUCUACUGAUAAAUUAACAAAAAAAAAAAAAACUUUUAUAUUAAUAGCAUUUUCAUGAACUAAAAGAAAAGUUAAAAUGUCACCGAAAAACUGUGUUCAGCUAA